CCAUUCACAUUGUCCAUUGCAAAUGUUCUUCCUCAACUUCUGCACCUCUGUCGUGGGGCCAACUUCAUCCCAAAAACCUCUCUUACCAAUCAUAACAACAAUGUACACGUAAAUAGCCAAGCAUAUAAAUUGAAAAUGAGGCACAACUCCUUAGAGCCACAACAAUAGGAAUUUCCAAACCUUAAUUCCUUCAUCAUCAUUGUCUCAUUCUUGAAAUGGCUUCUUCACCAAUCUUGAGAGAUAAAGAAUUGGUAACUGAUGACAUGCCUGAUGAUGCAUCGAGGCAAAGUAGGCAGCAUGUGAAGAGGUGUUUUGCUAAGUACAUUGAGAAGGGGAGAAGGAUUAUAAAACUUCAUGACUUGAUGGAAGAAAUGGAGCAAGUUAUAGACGACAACAUUCAGAGAAAUCAAGUAUUAGAGGGGAACCUUGGAUUCUUAUUGAGUUGUACACAGGAAGCUGCUGUUGAUCCACCUUAUGUGGCCUUUGCAGUAAGGCCAAAUCCUGGAGUUUGGGAAUUUGUAAGAGUGAGCUCUGAGGAUCUUUCAGUUGAACCAAUCACUUCCACAGAUUAUCUCAAAUUCAAGGAAAGCGUAUAUGAUGAAGACUGGUAUGUCAUUUGUCUUCAUUUUGCAAGUUUUGUAUUGAUAUAUCAACUUUUGGUAACAAUAUUAUUAGUACUUGGCAACUUUGUUUUCAACGUUAACUUGGGUCUAUGUUGCAGGGCAAACGAUGAAGACGCAUUUGAAGCAGAUUUUGGAGCAUUUGAUUUCCCUAUUCCGAACUUGACCCUGCCUUCUUCUAUUGGAAAUGGACUCCAUUUUGUUUCAAAGUUCUUAACUUCAAGGUUUAGCGGGAAACUGAUCAAAACACAACCUAUUGUUGACUACUUGUUAUCACUAAAUCAUGGAGGUGAAAAUCUGAUGAUAAGCGACAACCUCAGCUCUGCUGCAAAGCUUCAGCUGGCACUGAUGGUGGCUGAUGGACAUCUCUCAGCACUUCCAAAGGAUGCCCCUUAUCAAGAUUUUGAGACAAAGCUCAAAGAGUGGGGGUUUGAGAGAGGAUGGGGAGAUACUGCAGGAAGAGUGAAGGAGACAAUGAGAACUCUAUCAGAAGUACUCCAAGCUCCUGAUGCACUGACCCUGGAGAAUUUUUUUAGCAGACUUCCUACAAUUUUCAAUGUUGUGAUAUUCUCUAUCCAUGGUUAUUUUGGACAAGCAGAUGUUCUUGGCUUGCCAGACACUGGUGGACAGGUAGUGUACAUAUUGGAUCAAGUUAGAGCUCUUGAAGCAGAGUUGUUGCUCAGAAUUAAGCAACAAGGCUUAAACAUAAAGCCUCAGAUUCUAGUGGUCACAAGACUCAUCCCUGAUGCUCAAGGAACAAAGUGCAAUCAGGAGUUGGAACUAAUAGAUGGAACUAAGUACUCCAAUAUUCUACGUGUACCUUUUCACACAGAUAAAGGAAUCCUGCGUCAAUGGGUUUCUCGUUUUGACAUCUAUCCUUAUCUUGAGAGGUUUACUCAAGAUGCCACAGCCAAGAUUUUCAGCCUCAUGGAAGGAAAACCAGAUCUUAUUAUUGGAAAUUACACUGAUGGGAAUUUGGUAGCAUCUCUCAUGGCUAACAGACUUAAGAUAACUCAGGGAAUUAUUGCACAUGCUUUGGAGAAAACUAAGUAUGAAGAUUCAGAUGUCAAGUGGAAAGAACUGGAUCCUAAGUAUCACUUCUCAUGUCAAUUCAUGGCAGAUACAAUAGCAAUGAAUGCAUCAGAUUUCAUCAUAACCAGCACCUAUCAGGAAAUUGCUGGGAGCAAGGAUAGACCAGGACAAUAUGAAAGCCAUGCUGCAUUUACACUCCCAGGGCUGUGUAGGGUGGUUUCAGGGAUAAAUGUAUUUGAUCCAAAGUUCAACAUUGCUGCACCUGGAGCUGAUCAAUCUGUCUACUUUCCUUACACAGAAAAAGACAGAAGAUUCACUCAAUUUUAUCCUGUCAUCGAAGACCUGUUGUACAGUAAAGUGGAUACCGAUGAACAUAUUGGAUAUCUAGAAAACAGGAGAAAACCCAUCAUCUUUUCAAUGGCAAGGUUUGAUGUUGUGAAGAACUUAACUGGGUUAGUUGAGUGGUAUGGAAAGAACCAAAGAUUGAGAAAAAUGGUGAACCUUGUCAUAGUUGGAGGGUUCUUUGACCCUUUGAAAUCCAAAGACAGAGAGGAAAUGGCAGAGAUAAGAAAGAUGCAUGAUCUGGUAGAAAAGUACCGACUCAAGGGUCAAUUCAGAUGGAUUUCUGCACAAACUGAUAGAUAUCGCAAUGGAGAACUCUACCGCUUCAUUGCCGAUACAAAGGGAGCUUUUGUGCAGCCUGCUUUGUAUGAAGCAUUUGGUCUCACUGUCAUUGAAGCAAUGAACUGUGGUUUACCUACUUUUGCCACCAACCAAGGAGGUCCAGCAGAAAUCAUUGUUGACGGAAUCUCUGGCUUCCACAUUGAUCCCCACAAUGGAGAAGAAUCAAGCAACAAAAUCGCUGAUUUCUUUGAAAAAUGCUUACAAGAUUCAACACACUGGAAUGGAAUUUCAGCAGCAGGAUUGCAGCGCAUAAAUGAAUGCUACACAUGGAAGAUCUAUGCAAACAAGAUGUUGAAUAUGGGGAACAUGUAUACCUUCUGGAGGCUGGUGAAUAAUAAACAAAAAGUGGCAAAGCAAAGUUACAUUAAGAUGUUCUACAAUCUCAUGUUCAGGAAUUUGGUGAAGACUAUACCUGUUCCAAGUUAUGAACCUCAGCAGCAACCAGUGUCUAAGAAGAAAAGUGUCAGAAAACAAAGCACAAGCAAGCGUUGAAGCUAAUAAAAUGUUGCAAAGGUAAGAUUAUAACAAGUUUUCUGGGGUUAGCUCGUGAUUUUCACUUCUUUAUAAGCUCAUAAAACUCUUGCUUCUUUUCAGUUCAUUUGGAGCUCUAAUCUAAAGUCUCAAUCACAAAGUCAAUGUUUGAGACACUACUUAUCAGUGAUCUCUCUACAAUUUACUUAAUUUACUUGAAAAUAAUCAUAUUCUGUACAGCUACGAGUUGACAACUAUUUUCCUGUGACUGAUAAAAAUUAUGAGGAAAUUUCUGUA